AUCAACUCGGCGCAGGCACGCAGCGCAUUGAUUGUACCACGACAACCACUGCACCAUGGGCGCCGACACAACGUCGCUGGCAGACGCCGCAGCCGGCAAGAUGGGCCGCCUGUCUCGCUAUCGAAGUGUGCGACGGGCCCAGGAAGAGCAGCCACCGCUGCCGGGCCCUUUUCGGCAGCAGGCCUCUCCUCCAGCAGCAGUCCCGCCGAUGCCUGCACUACCGGACGUGCAGCCGCAGAAAGAUGCGUCGCUCAGCAGGAGCAUGAGCCGCUACCAUCGCCGCCCGACUACAUCGCACGCGACCACAGCCAAUGCGCCCCCCCCUCUGCCCGCAAGCACCCUUCCAGCACCGCCGCAGCCCCAUGCAACACUCUCCAGCGCCCGCAACCGUGCCGUCAGCUCGCCCUACCGUCCAGUGCAUGCUCCAAGCAACGGCCAGUCCCGCCCGAGAACCGCAAAGCAGCGCACGGAUGCCUCGCCUCCCGUCUCGAGUGAUAUUCGCCAGCCGCCGCAGAGUGGAGAGGAGAGCGCGAGACAGCUGAUGGAGAAGGAGCACGAGCGGCAGCGACUAGUCAGGGAGAAGUACGAGGCUGAAGCGCGCGUCAAGAGGGAGGCCAAACAGGCGGAAAUGGACAGGCUUGAGCAGUUGCGCAGAGACGAGGAGGAAGUGGCGCGUGCAAAGACACACCGCGAGGCAGAAGCGGUUGCGGCAUUGCGACAACAGCAAGAGGAAGAAAAAGCGGAAAAGGAGCGCGGGAAGCGGUUGCGCAAGGCUCCGUCCCGGAAACAUCUCCAGCACAAAGAGCAAGAGGCUCGCAAGGCAGUGCUCGAGGAAGCUGAGCGCAAGGCGAGGAGCGAGGAAAGUGCCCGCAGAGCACACACACAGUCCCCGCCAGUCUCGCCGCCACGUCACGAGGGAGGCUUUGGAUUGUUCAAGCGGAGGAAGGACGGCGGCAUGUCCACAGAGGAGACUACGGCGCCUGUGAAGUCACGUCAGACGAGCAGUAGUGUUCGCGAGCCCGAGACCAUCAGGCCUGGCGGUGGAGGUGCUGUCCUCGGUAUCGACGCUCCAGUCUCAGCUGUCAACGCAGGUGACAGGCGCGUGACAGUUGUAUGCAGCAACAAGCGCAUCCUACUCCCGGUCAAUCCAACCACCACUCCUCUCGACCUCAUCAAGUCGGCAGCCACUGUGCUCACCGUUCAUGUCGACGUACGAACCGCCGUUGUUACCGAGUUGUUUGUCAAAGUCUCCAUCAGCCGACCUUUACGUAACUUUGAGUAUGUGCGCGAGGUCAUGAACUCCUGGGACUCCGACAGUCAAAACGAACUUACCAUCGUCGAUUCAUCGCUCGAUGGCGUUGACCAGGACGAUUUGCUGGCUUACAAGGUCCCUGAUACAAGGCCAGAGGGCAUGUCCUGGACCAUCCAGUACUCCUCGAAACCUGGCAAAUGGGUGAAACGUUUCCUCACUCUGCGCCCCGACGGACAGCUGGUCAUGACGAAAAACGAACACUCAAAGGAGGUCGAGAACAUUUGUACGCUCACAGACUACGAUAUCUACAUAGUCUCGCAGCAGAAACUGGCCAAGAUCAAACCGCCCAAGAAGAUCUGCUAUGCUGUGAAGAGCAUGCAGAAGUCCAACAUCUUCGCCAAUGAGUCGCAAUACGUGCACUUUUUCUGUACCAACGACAGGAGUAUAGCAACGACCUUCUACAAGGCCCUACAGGGCUGGAGAAGCUGGCAUUUGAAACACGAAAAGGGUGAGGGCGUCACGAAGAAGAGUGUAGCGCAGCGAGCUAUAGCUGGGGGUGCCGAACUGCCACAUAUGACGUCCUCGCACAAUCGGGGUGAAUCUGUCGGUUCGCACUACGAAUUGGGAACAUAUACCACGCUUAUUGAUUUUGAUUCUCUCAACAAGACAUUGGAAACGAUUGAGGUACAUAAACCUGGAGAGUUUCCCGAAGAUGCACCGCUUGCGAAAUUCGACUCAAAAGUCAUGCACGCAAGAAAAAAGUCUGUACGGGUGAAACAGCCGCCUCCCCCGGCGUUCAAAAACGGUCUUGUCGCCGACGCCAGGAACCAGUCUGGCACAAGCCAGGGUGCUACGAACCAGAACAGCAGCCGUCAGAACUCACUAACACAUAGCGUCACCAAGCACGAAGAUGAAGAAACAUUCGCUGCCGGAGGCCUGCUAGGCCGGGCAUACACGCACCGCCAGCGAGCCGCCCACGACCGCGAGCAAAAGCAGAACACAGCAUUCACAGACGGCCCGUCCCUACUAAACAACAGCGCAGACCGCUUCAACCUCGCCCCCCCAAACGACUCCCCCAUCGCCCGAAACUCCUCAGUCCGAAGCACCCACCGCCACAACCCAUCCAGCGACCUGCACCGCCACGCCUCAAAGCGCCACCCAGCCAUGCCAGAGCCCCUCGUAGACCUAACACCCGCCUACCGCGCGCCCCCGCAAUUCUCAAAGGAAAACAAAGGAAAAGGCUACACGGGCACCACCGGCUCAGGCCCUUUAGUCGAACACGCAACUUUCACCCUGCCGGAAGAAGCUAUCAAGAUCCCGUCCGCUACGCGCGCCCUGCCCCAACACUCCAAAGAAGGCAAGGGGAAGGGAUACACCGGCCCCGUCGGCUCCGGCCCCUUAGUCGACCACGCUACUUUCACCCUCCCAGAGGAAGCUAUCAAAGUCCCCGCUUCCACCGACCCAUGGCGCGCUCGCCCGCAGACUGCAGCGCAGCGGCCCCAUGCUCAUAAUACGCACCCACAUACUGCUGCUGCUGCGGCGGCGGGCGGAGACGCAGACGACGACAAAACAGCCUUCACAGGCGGCAGCCUCCUCGACCAAACGCACUUCCCGCCCAUGCAUGCCGGCGCGCCCGUGGGAAGGGGCGUCAUGGACGGAUCGAAGGCUAGGGGUCCUAUGCUUGAUUUGGGGGAUCAUCAGCAGUUUGCGGUCGGCAGUCUGCUUUCUGGGUUGCCGAGUAGUGCGGGGCCGGUUGUUGAUCGGUCGGGGAGGUAGAGGGG